GCACGAAAUGAUCGCCACAUCGCCUAAAUCCUCAUUUGUUAAAUUAGGAUUUUAUCCUCGCCAAAAAUCCCUAAAAGUUAUGGUACUUGGGCAAACUGGAGUAGGAAAGACCGCAUUGGUUGUCCGAUUUGUCACAAGAAGAUAUAUUGGAGAAUACGACCCCACACUAGAAAAAAUUUACACGUAUCACACUAUCAUAGACAACGAAAUGGUAUACUUCGAUAUUUUAGAUACUGCAGGUCAGCCCCAUGAAACCGAGUGUUUAGCAUUGGAAGCGAAUAUUCGUUGGGCGGAAGCGUUUAUUUUGGUUUAUUCCGUAACCGACAAGUGUUCAUUUGAUGAGUGCAAUCGCCUUAAGUUUCUAAUUAACUAUAACAAGAGGAGAAGGCGUCUGGGUGGAGGUUCAAAGGACAGUCCUUGCGAUGUUCCGGUGCUUUUAGUAGGAAAUAAGACUGAUCAGAGCGAAGACAGGAUGGUAUCGUUGGAAGAGGGACAAAGGAGAAGCAAAGAAAUCGGUUGCAUUUGUUUUCAUGAAAUUUCCGUUCGUGAGAGUAUUGAGCAGGUGUUCGCUGUUUUUCGCGAUGUCUGCCGUUUUUGGAGACUACAAAGUAAGUGUCCGAGUAAAUUGAAAAGAUCCGGCAGUGAGAAGGAAGCUGUUUCCCCUGACACUGUCAGGUUGAUAUGUUCCUCGACAGUAUCUCCAGUCGCCGUUUCGUCUUUAAACUCGAAAUCUUCCGUCGCUAUUGGCCAUCGAUGGACUGAGAUAGAAUUGGAAGAGGACGCGGAAUCAGAAACUAGUAAAGCGAGUACUUCAUCUAGUCCUAGCGAAUCCAUAGGUCCCUUUCGAGAAAGGGCUUCCACCGACGGCCAUCUUUUGCAAAGACCUUGGCGGUGGCGAUAUCCACCACCCGCUGCCGAAUCAAAUCCCGAAAUGUUUUACACAAGAGCCAAUAGAAGAAUGAGUAUAUCAAUGAAGGGAAACAAUGCUAGUUACUAGGCUAACGAAAGUAGCCCUACAUUGACAAAAUGGCUUAAUACACAUAUCCAAUUAAGCGAUUUUAUACGUAUUUACACGAAAUUUAUUAGUAAAUCGGAUUAGAAGAGUUUUAUAAACGUUUGAGCAUGUUUUGACAAUAAUAUGUAUAACGAUCAUAAUGUUGACGAAAACGCUCUAUUGCUACCCUGACAAUUUUUUAAUUAUUUACGUCCUUGUAAAGAUACCUACACGACGCAACGUGUUGUACAUGCCAGAACGAAACGGUAUCAUAAGUUACACGCACUUUGCUAUUGUACAUUGCAGAUGUUAACGUAGGUGUCCACCGUCAAUUUACUAAAGCGUAAAACCAUUCUAACUAACGGAGUAUUAGUACAUGCAGAUUUCGUUUUAGAUGCGUAUUUUGCAUAAUGUGUGUCAGGAGAGCAAUUAGUAGUUCUAAUUAUUAAACCUGUUUACUUAUA